AUGUCGAGUUCUUCAAAGAUUCCACUAUCGACUGUUCACGCGAAAAAGCUACUUUGUUUAGAUGGUGGUGGCGUUAAGGGUAUUUCAAGCUUGAUCGUACUCGACGCCAUCAUGAAGCGCGUCAGGGAGUUGGAGGAGAAAGACCCAGACCCUACACAACAUUUUCCACACACUUACUUCGACUUAGCUGGGGGUACCAGUACCGGAGGGCUUGCAGCUCUAAUGAUGUUUCGUCUGGGAAUGAGCACAGCGCAAACGAUGCAAUCCUAUGAAGAAAUGUCAAAGAAAAUCUUCGCGUCAAGUUGUGCGACUAAGUUUAGAGGAAUCUUCUCCUCUAUGUAUUCGGCUUCGGGCCUGGAGAAGGCGAUUGACAAAGUCGUUGGGAAGGCUCUAGGGGUUAAUUGUGAUGCUGCUGGCCGCAGAACCCUUCUUUUGGGGCAACCUCCUCAGAAAACGAGCGAAGCUCCGGUCAAACCGUUACUGUGCUCAACCCUGGUCGAGAGAGGCGAGACGAUCCUCUUUCGAUCCUACGAUCUACCCAAUGACGCUGGUCCAGUAACCAAUGACAUCAAAGAUGUGGAUUUCUCGAAUGUGACAAUACACGAGGCUGCGAGAGCAACCUCUGCAGCUCCAACAUACCUUCCGGAGGUGAUAAUCGAGCGUCCUGACGCAGUUUCCGGUAAACCAGUCAAAUUCAUGUUCUGGGACGGAGGCCUACUCAAUAAUAAUCCGGUUGAUCAAGUCUGGGAUGCUAGAUUUGAUUUAGCUGAUGGGCUUAACUCCAAUCCUUGCAUAUCACUCGUUGUUAGCAUCGGAACGAGCUGGUCUGAGAGCGAGCCUCUUUCGAGUUGGUUUCUUACACGCUUCAUGAACACUAUCAGUCAGACCAUGUCAUUUGUGACAAAUACCGAGGCCAAACACAAAGACUUUAAGCGGAAUAUUGGCCGAAUGAACAGAAGGGUGCCGGAGGAGCAACGAACCUACUACUUUAGGUUCAACACGCCCACUGGCAAGGAAAAGUUCGAGCUCGAUAACUGGAAGCAAAUGGAUAGGCUCAAGGCUCUCACUAUGAAUUAUCUUAAUAACGAUGAAAAGGCUCAGAAAGACCUUGAGGACUGUGCGAGGAUCCUUGUGAGACAAGCGCCCCAUUACCCACCUCUCAUCACAGGUGCCCCAGCAACUGGUCGAGGGAAAUAGCAUUUUACGGGAA